GCAACGAGUCGCCGAGAGACCUCGUCUCGGGUUAGAAGGUACAAAAGGAUGAGCGCCGCCUCGAAGAAGAGAGACCCUCCGAGAUCGAAGCCCGGAGAGACCUCGGAGAAGGAGCGUUGUCACGGCCGCGGGAAGACCGGUCGUCCGAUUUUCGAGAAGAGAUUCGAAACCUCCGGGGCCCCGUUCAAUCUCGACAAUAUACGGAAGGAGGUGAAUCGUCUCGAGUGGAAGGCGGCGAUCGGUUGGAACCAGGAGUAUGGACACCUAUCAGGGAAAGUCUUUCAGAAGGUGCUAGCCGAGGAGUGCGCUAAAGCUGGACUUCCGGUGGACACGUUUGCGCCUCACUUACCGAAGGACCCGGUGAAGAAGUCGCCGAUUAUAAUUAAAGAAUCCCCGCCAUUUCCUACCACUAGUUCGUCCGACGUUGGUUGGAGAUCGGCGUGGAAAGAUCGCUGGUUGGAAUUCGCCGGACCCAUGUACGUAUCUCCAAGACACACCAUAGAACCUCCUCUAGAGUCCGGCGAGUUCCGCGUUACCCAACAGAAGUUUAUUUCCCUUGGAUGAAAGGAUGAACGCCACGGAGGAAUGCUAAAAAGGACUCAUUCGAUGAACUCGAUGCCUCGAAUUUAGACGGGGUCAUCUGUACCAGAAGAAUCAUUCGAAUCGACUAAGAAAAGCGCAUCUAAUUGAUUCAUAAUCCCCUUCAGUAUGUAAAAAGUGUGGUUCGUCCA